CUUGAUUCUAACCACCGGUUCUUCUUCGUUUUUAUUUUUUCAUUUGGGGCGCUGGUUUGGGGCGCUGAGCAUGGGCGCGAAUACGGGUUGGGCUGUUACGGUCUCUACGAACUCGGUCCAUGAAGCUUUCCUCUGGGAGAUACAAGUCAUUCUCCUCCCAGGUUUCUCAAGGCCCAUCAACUUCACGCACUAAACAGUGACAUCCUAUCCACUUCGUUGUGCCUCACCCAUGCCAGUUGUAGUUCUUGAAAGUUAAGCAUUCUGGACAAAAUGCAGAUACCAUCAGUAGGCUGCCACGUCCAGCCCUGGGAACGUUCCGUCCACAUCCCCUCCGUAUUUGGGAUUUCUCGUAAGCUACGAUGCAAAUCCCCACCCUGUACCCUACUUUCUCACCCUCCCCACUCAUGAAGCCCUUGAUACCAUCUCACUCACAUACAGCGGGAAUAUGCCAUGAACUCGCAUGGGAAGCCGCCUACCAACGCAAGGCCACUUCUACCGCGGAAGACGCCCGCAUCACCGUCCCGGGAGCCCGCGCACAGCCGGUGGGGCCACCACACAAGCUCGCGGCUGCUGAGGCUGCUCGGAACCGCCCGCCACCCACCCACAACGAUGAUAAUCCUGUCCUUGAACCAAAGCCGCCCCCAGUUAGACGCCAACAACGGCCCGAUUCAGGCCGCACGGCGCGGAAGUUGUAUCGCCCGGCAAAAGAAAAGGCGGAGGAGAGGGAGCGGAGACCGCCGGCGGGGCUGGCGGGGCCGAUGAGGGCGGUCAAUCCUGGGACAAGGGUGGGUGGAUGGGUUGGGCUGCUUGCUGGGGAGGCGGGCCCGGCUCAGCAUAUUGCUAGGACGGUGGACGACGAGCUCGUACUUCCCAAACUUGUUGGUCGAAACAACGCCCAGGUGCAAGGCGCUCCUUAUGAUUAUGACCGCCGGCAGCAGCAACAGCAGGCGAAUGAUGGGAAUGCGAUCCAUCCGCCCCCGCGCCCUACAACCUCGAGAUCCCGUACUCUCACCCGGGCCAGAAUCAACGAUCCCAACGGCCUCGUCCGCUCCGGCACCGCGCAGUUAAGCGACCUGAAAAAUAUUUACAUAUCGCAACAGACCUCUUGGCGGAAGUACGGCGGUGAUACGCACCAAGGCCGCUCUAGCAACCGCCAGCCGGAACCCCAAUGGACCGAGACGACCCACAGGAGUAUGCCGUCGUAUACGUACAGCGGGAACACGCCGUCGUUGUUCAGCAUUGAUCCGAAUGCGAGCGUUUCGGUCCUGAAUGCGGCGCUCCCGAGGGCUGUGGUGCCCGAAACUCCGAGUCAGAACUAUUCUUCAGGUGCGGGUGCACAUUAUCAAACUCAGCCCCAAUACGCAUUAACCAACGGGACCGGUAACGCACUAUACAUCGCCAACCAACAUACCCACAACCGACCUCACGCUCUGCUCACCUCCGAAUCGCCCAACCUCGCCCUCCAGCAAAUGGACACCCGCAAGCUCCUAGAAGAGCCCUACAGCCCCAAUCUGAUGCGGACGAGUUACCAGGACGCUUAUGGUAUCUUUGGCGGGCUUGAGGAGUCGAUUGGACAGGGCGGUGAGGCGGGGGGAAACAAGGCUUGGAGAAGAGAUGCGAGUAAGAGUGAGAAGUUCAUGGCGGCCAUCCCGACUUGGGCAUUGGCUGCGCCAAAGCAUCUGUUGUUGAGUGCUGGGUCUGACCACCUGGCGGCAUACGCCACGGGAAUCUCGCCAAAAUCCCAUUUUACUACCCGUCUUCAUGAAUAGAUCAAAACCUGCAUGGGAUUAUCGACAGCAUAGGUUAGGCAGCGAUGUAGGGCGCAUUUGGAAUAGAAGAUUUUAGCACUGGAAAGGAGACUAGGGCUUGAUGAAUUUGAAUACACAUAAUGAGAGAGAAUGUGCAGACAUGGGAAAACUGGGGAGAUUGCAAUCAUCCCUUACCGG